AUGGAGGUAAUAAAUUGUGAUAGUUUAAAGGAGGAAACACCAACUGAUCUAAACAAUGAUUUGCAGAAAGUUGAGAGAAUCAAGUCCCUGGAACUUUUGAAAAAGAAAAUGUGUCGUUCGCAUGAUUUAAUUCAGUAUUACAAUGACAAGAAAAAGGAAUGCGAACAAUUGACAAUUUCUUUGCGAAAAGCUCGCGCCGAAGCAAAUGAAAUGAAAAACAAUUACAACACGACUCUUUCCAAAUUAAUAAAACAGGAACUUCAAAAUACUGAACAGCGAAAAACAAUAGAAUCUUACGUUACAAAAAUUGGCGAUUUAGAGACGAAAAUUGCUGGCGAUCAAAGAUUCAUUGAACAAUUAAAUUGUAAAAUUGACAGUAUUGAAAAUAGAAGUUCGGGAAAAUUAAUGGACACAGAAUUGAAAUUCGAGGAAAAGGUAAAAACGCUGGAAUUAGAAUUGAAAAAAUUAAAAAAGGGACCUGCGAAAAAGAAUCAAGGUACAAAUACGGAUAAAGUAAAAGUCGUUGAACAUGGAACAAACGUUCGGCUAGAUCCAAAAAUUCCGCAGGUACCAACAAAGAAAAAUAUUCCAAGUACGAGCAGAAAGACAACGAAAAGUUCCACUUUUCUCUGUGAAAAAUGCGACAUUGCUCUCAAUAAUCUCGUGCAAACCUUCAAAGUUCCCGAGCCAAUGAUUCAACCAUUUCUGCCAGAAAACAAACAAUAUAAAUUCAAGUCAUCGGAGAGUUUCGCCAAACUGGAAGACAAGAAAAUUGAAUCAAAAGUGAAGAACGAAGUUCCCGUUGCACUGGAAAAUAAUAUCGAAAAUCAAGUGAAACAGGAGGAUUCCGAAACUUUGAAGAUCCUAACGAAGACUUUAAAAACUCUCGAGCGAGUUAUAAAGAGUAACAAAAAAUCGGAGAAGAAAGCUCAAUGUUGUCACUCAAAUUCGGGAAAUCAAGAUCUCAUGUUUCAGAUGUGGAAAAAAUUACUCGAUCGAGAUGAACCGAAAAAAUCUCAAAAGAAAUUAAAACGCUGCCAAAAUACACGAAAAUCAAUAACAAAAAAGAAGAAGGAAAAAAAGAAAAAAACAAAAACGAAAAAUACAACAAAUUGGUCGAUUGAAUCGACAAUAAAUUCCGAAGCAUCAACAUCGCAAAUCGACACUUUCAAAAUUCCACAAUUAAUCGAUCAUUCGAAACUAUUGAAAAGGGCAAAUUCCACAAUUAAAAAGUCGAAUAAACGAAAAAAGGGGAAUAAUGAAACAUUCUCGUCCUCCGGGGAAAAUGAAUCUUUAAUCAAUAGUUCAAACACAACCGAAAGUGAGGUAAAUGAAAUUUAUUUGGAGAAUAAAAUCGAACAGCCAUUAAAUUCAAUUCGAAAAAUAGGAGAAAAUGAUCCAGAGACAAAAAUGGAAAUUGAAAAUUCAGAGAAAGGGGAAAUUUCCCUAAAAGAAGAAGAAGAAGAAGAAGAAGUACAAAAUUACGAGGAAUUUCCAAAAAUCGAAAGUUUGCAGCAAUCGGAAAGUUUCGGAAUGUUUCAAAGUUCUGUGGAAUUGGAGAAUUCGCAAAAUAAUGAAAGUUCCAUGGAAAAUUUUAAGGGUUUUCACAAUUUACAGGAAGGAAAUUUAAUAACGAAGAAUGGGAAAUUAGAAAAUUCGUCCCUUGAAUUAAAAAAUGGGGAGGAAUUGCAAAAGUUGGAAAAAACACCGAAAAAGUCGAAUUUGGAAGAAAAAAUGGAAUAUUCAAAGAAAGAAAACGAAAAGGAGAAAAAAGUGCAAAUUUUAGAGGAGAAUUCGACAAAUUUAGAAGAGAAAAUAGAAAAAAUUGAAGAAACAGUAAAUGAAAACUGCAAAGAACAGAAUGAAAUCCAAUAUUCAGAGGAAAAGUCGACAAAUUUGAAAGAAGAGAAAAUAAUUUUGGACAAGGAAUUAAAAAAUUCAGCUAAAUCAACAAAUUUCGAAGAUGAAACUAAGGGGAAAAAUUCUUCAAAUUCGUCCAAUGAAAAUUUACCCGAGGAAUUAUUGAGUGCCAUUGAUGUUUUGGGAGAAAUUUCCUUCUCCGACGAGUCAAUUCUCGAUUGUAAUGCAUCGUUUCUAACGCUUUCCACCGAAAAAUCGCAAAUCAAUCCCGAAGAAUCUCAAAUCGACGAAAACGAAGAAGAAUCCAAGAAUUGA